CUCUGAUGCACAACUGUGUCCUGGAACAAAUGCACUUCUUUCUCAGCUAUGCUUGACACCAGCAGCUCCCAGAAACUCUUGAUGAAAACAGGACUCAUCCUGAUUGUCAUUGGUCACCUGAACUUCAUUGCGGGAGCCUUGGUCAACGGGACGGUCUUGCGCCACAUUGCCAACCCUCAAGAUAGUAUUUCGCUGCAGUAUGCCAUCUCUAACAUCGUCUCGGCCGUCUCGGCCAUCUUGACGAUAUCCUGUGGAAUAGCAGCCAUUGUGCUUUCCAGAUACCUGUCCCAAAAACCUCUGGGAUGGGCUGUUUUCUCCCUCAGCAUCAGCAGCACCCUCCUCUCACUCUUCUGCCUGGUGGGGCUGGCGGUGGCCAUUGGCCUGACCUUCGCCAACAAGGGCCAGGCCCUCCUGUCCCUGUGCACCUUUGCUGACAUGGAGGUCAUUCAGAUUGCCCAGGAGUGCCCCUUCGAUCCCACUCGGAUCUAUAGUUCUGCCCUGGUCCUCUGGGGGAUCUCCUUUCUCUUGGACUCUGUGGAGAUCAUCUUCAGCAUCCGCUGCUUUCUGAUCACUCUCGCGGUCCUGAAGUUGAAGCUUUGUCGCAGGGGGAAGCGCAAGAAAAAGGUCUCGCUGAGGUUCAUCACCCCGGAGAGCAGAGACUCCUGCGAGGGACGGGAUCUGCUGAGGAUGGAGCGCUUGGGCGCUGUGCAGCUGUAGAGGCCAAACUUGGCGCUCAGGAGACCCUGGCAGGCCAAACCCUCACAAGCUCUUCGGUGGCACCUUUCCCACUGACCCUGGUCAGUUUCACCAUCUGACUUCACUGACCGCCGGGAGGGCUGGAGCCUGCCAGGCGAAAUGCUGAGGUCUGCUUCUUCU